GACAGUGAACACAGAAUGGACACAUAUGAGAUUGUGAGGAGCCCAUGAACGAUGUUGUCCGCGAAAGCCUGCUUGUCCACGAAUUAGCGUGAUGUGAGUUGGGCCGCUGAGGACGAGGAUGUGGACGAGGUGUCGUGCGGACCUCCGCAGGUGGGUGCCGGCCUUACGUAAUGCGGGACAGGGAACCGCGACGUGUUGUCGGAUUGCGUAGUUGGGAUGCGGCCACAAAUUACCACGGGAAUGAAUGCGCGCCUUUCCCCGCCGCAAUAGCCGCCCAGAGUCACGAUUUAUACCAUGGCGGGCCUUCAGAAGCUCGAGAAGCUGUCUGCGCCGCACUGCGUCCUCCUCGCCGUCCACUACGCAAACGAAUCGAAUCUCGCGGCCCUGCGCGCGCUCACAGCGCUCCGCAACACCGAUUUCGACGUCGAGCUUGCCUUCCAGAUCCUGCUGACGCACCUGCCCGAAAGCGUUCCUCCCGCUGAAUACAUCGAGUACCUGGACGAGCUCGCAAGCGGCACCCGCGCGCCGGGCGACGACCCCGCCGCUGUGCUCGAUAUUGCGCCGGUGGAGGGACUCACAAAUGCACAAGCCAGGAAGAAGCGCCGGAAACUGGAACUGCUGCCCCUAGUGCAUCCUCUGUACAAGGCGGAGACGGAGCUGGACCCGCUCACCCAGUUUCUCAUCCACCGCGCACACCAGAUCGACGCCCAGACUGGUCUUCCCAAUGCGAUACCCGAGCUUGUUGCGCCCUUCAUUGGCCACUCCGAGUACCUGCGGACAUGGCUAAUCUCUACCGCACUACCGCUUCUGCGGCUGAUGUACGAAUACUACCCCGAGAGCCCCGCUCCAUCGCUCGACGACUUUGCCAGGUUGAGGGGCAGGCGCGCAAUUGACCUGCAGCUAGCGAACCUCCGUCAGUCACACGCAGGCACACGGGAGGGAGAACAUGCAGCGAGAGACUUGAGGGGCGUGGUUGGCCCUUGGAUAUGUGGCGCGACGGAGCGAAAGAGACGGAAGCUGUCGCCAGACGAUCGAAGUGCAUCCAUAACCGAAAAACCGGCUCAAGAGCCUGAUGACUGGGAGGCUUUGUUCGGGUGGCUUGUGGAUACCUCCAAGGCUGACUUCGCCCUGGUUUCGUCUGCCAUCACCGAGUGGGACGGCCCUGAGGAUCUCGACUUGGGCGGCUUCGAGGAGGGGCGUGAUUACGUCGAUGAUGACACCCAACGGAAGCUGGAGCGACGCUAUGCACAGACGGCAUUGGCAUGUUUAUAUCUCUUGGACAGUAACCACACCGACACGCUACAGACGGCGCAUGGCCUGCUGUCACGCAUUUCCGAUCUUCUUGGCCUAGAGCCUCCCCCAGACCUGACCGUGACCGUCGAAGCAUUGCCGUCCUGCGCCGCGGACAUGCCUGUACUGCAAGACCUGAAAGCUUCCACUCUCCUGGAAGAAAACAUAACACGGACAGACAACCCCCUGACCGAACCAAAGCAGGAUGCUGUGCAUCUUGUUGAACUUCUCAUCUUCUCCGCUUUCGUACUCUCAAGCUUGCAACAGCCUUUUAGUUUAAGAGAAGUCGCGCGCAUGUUCCUCCGCAACGAUCGAUCAGAGCAAAUUACUCUUCUCCACAAAAUCGUUCACACACUGAGCACGAGCGCUAAGCUUGAUGGCGAACAAUGGCGGUCGAACCGAGCCAGACUCCUCUGGCUCUGGAACUGGGGAUCGAGUCAGACAGGCAAUGAUCGACAUGCUCAAGGAAUACUUGGCCACAUCGACAGCAAAACGAUUGAAACUGAGACACUAAAAGGUCUCCUGGAAGGCAGCCAAUUCCCUCUAGUGGUCCAACUGUACAUCCGGCCAGCAUCGGAUCGUAGCGCGUUGCCCCUUGCCGACGUAGAGCGGACUAUCCUCACAGCUGUACUGCAGCACUAUGACAACGCAAGCAACGGCAAUCGGACAAGGGGAGGCAUGAAGCGCGCCUCCGACAUUGUUGCAGCUUUCAAAUCCCACUUUCCAAGCUCGGGUCGCUUCCGACGGAUGCAGGCUCUUUUGGCCGCAACACAUGCAAUGUCUUUCUACUCGCUUAUCCUACAGCACGGCGUUCCGUUCCAACCUGUAAACAUUAGGGUGAGCGCCGACCCGCUGUCGUUGAUUCAGAAGCUGCUCGAGCAAAAUCUUCGGAGCUACACGCAUCUAGAUGACCUCAUCUCGAUCGGGCAAAACCUUAUAGUGGCCAUGCCGGCUACUAUUAUGGACGAGGAUGCCAGUCACACCCACCUCGAUCCAGCUGUAUUCGAGAAGAGGAAACUCGCAGCAGAACGACGUGUUAUUGGCAUGACCGUCGAAGCCGCGCUUGCAGAAGACGACUUUGAAACAGCAUACUCGUAUGUUGUGAACAGACUCACUCCGAAGACACCAUCGCCACCUGUCUCCCCGGCGCUGUCCAAGUCAUCACAACGCUUUUCGUUCGGGUCCUACGAUUCAGACACAAAAGAGGACGACGGCGAAGACGUAGCCUGGCGCGCCGCCGUUCAAGCUGGUCGUCACCGCUCCUCGCUAUCAUCGUCCCAGACGUGGGGCUCUGCAAACACUGCCGCCCGCCCCGACCUGCGCAGACUAGAGCAGCGCAUGGAGCUCCUCUCACAAGCACUUCUCCUCGCACCGCCACGACACCUGGAAGAGGUGCUAGCCGUAUGGCAGGAAUGCGAAACAGAAAUGACGAAUCUCCUCGCGGAAGAGACUGAAGCAGAAGAGCGCUUCAAUGACGCUGCUGACCGCCGUCUUCCCGGUGCCUUCGCGGAAGCAGUCGCCAUCCAGCCCCGCCGCGAAGUCGGCAGAGGCGCAGUGGAAGAAGCGCCUAUGGGCUUGUUCGAUGUGGCGAGGGGCGCUGCUGCUGCGUUCUCCAAGAGCGCAUUCCCGCUUCGCGGUAGUGGAGGUAGCCGGGCUGCAUCGGGGUCAGAGAGCCACGGUGACACGGGCCGUGCAUCGGUGGAUUUGGGCAGCGACUCGGAGAGCAUGCAUAGCGCUGGUGACGAGAGGCUAAGGCGGCGGGAUAUGGUUGCUAAUGCGGUUACUGGCGGAUUGGCGAGUGGGCUUGGGUGGGUGCUUGGUGCUACGCCCGUCAACGAGCGGCAGUAGGUGAGCUAGUCACGAAUUAUAUGAUUGAUGGA